CAAUGCUCAUUCAUAUCGAUAAGAGGUAGGGCGGAGAGACAUUGACCAUUAAGACGUUGCGAUUUGACAAACUUUAGUGGGUCACUGUAAGAAGCUUCAAAAUUCAAAUUCAAAAUUCAAAUUCAAAAUCCAAAAAGAAGAACUUUCGGCUUUUCUGCAUAAUAAUUAUUUCGAUAUUUUAUUAUUCCGCUUGAUCGUAUCACGCACACCCCGCCUCUCUUCCCCUCAAGCCAUGUCGAGCUGUCAGAGGGUCGCAAGACCCCUUGUGCAGUCUCUUCGACAAGAACGUCUAUUGGUACAAACUACAGCGCACUUUUCCCGGUCCUUUUCGAAGAGUGCUUCACGACGAGAUGAUGGUCCUACCACCACUUCCAAACCUCCACCCCCGCCAACGGAGUCGACUUCGUCAACCAAGACUAAGUCGACAACACCGCCAGCGGCAACAAACACACCAAACGCAGCAAGCCAGUCUGGAUCUGCAAAACCCCUCAAAACGAUAGAAGGGAGACAAAGAUUGCGCAUGAAGCUACGAUUGCUGGAUCGGGAGACUACUACGGCGCAUUGGGCCGAGCGAAAGCUGGUUCGCAUGGGUACACCCCCCGUUGGUUCGCGACGUCGUCGAGCAGCCAUACGUACUUCCGAGAACGUGCCAUUCGAGCAGCUGCCAUAUCAGUGUUUCCAGGAGGCCCGCAAAAUCCUACAAGAGGACCGUCAGGAGAAGAUCCAGGCCAUUGCGAAAGAGUUGACCAAAAUCAAGCGAUUGGAGGCCACUCCCGCCGACCAAGUUCCUGGUGGCGAGCGCAAGAAGAACCUACGCCUAGCAAGCUUAAGGAAGUAUCUCGAGGAGCUAAAGAUUCUGGCCGAUAUCAAUGACCCUAUGGUCAAGCGGAAGUUUGAGGAUGGUCUCGGCGAUAUGGACAAGCCAAUUUAUCGGUACUAUGCCGAGAAGAAAUGGCGUGGCAUGCCAUACCGCAUCAUUACCCAACGUAUCGAGCAACUCAACAUCGUUCCUGAUGUGCUACCUAAAUUCGAUCCCAUUAUGGAUGUUCAACUCUACUUCCGACGAACUAAGGUCUCACCUGGCGCCAUUAUAAAUUCUCGCAUCUCAGAAGUGCCUCCACGUUUGAGAGUGCAAGUAUUCAACGCCGGCGAGCGUCUCGUCUCGAUCGUGGUUAUGGAUUCAGAUGUUCCCAACGCCGAGACCGACUCGUUUGAUAGGCGAUGCCACUAUCUUUCGGCAAAUGUACCCCUUUCCCCAACCCAGCCAUCCCUACCACUAGGCAAUGUCAACAAGGAGACCCAGCUCGCCGUACCGUGGCUCCCCGCCUUCUCCCAAAAGGGCGCACCGUACCAUCGACUAUCCGUCUUCAUCUUAGAGCAGAAACCCGGAGAGACCCUAGAUAUCGAACAACUCCGCCAGCUCUACUCGGCCCGAGACGGGUUCAGUCUCAAGAGCUAUCGAGACAAGUUUGGCCUCACGCCCGUCGGCUUCAACAUAUUCCGAACGAUCUGGGACGAGAACACUGCCGCCGUCAUGGAGAGGGCCGGCGUGCCGGGUGCCGACAUCCAGUUCAAGCACAAGCGCGUCUUCUCGCUCAAGGAAGACAAGAAGCAGAGAGGUUGGGAGGCAAAGAGGCAGAAGCCCAAGUACAGAAGUUUAUGGAAGUACAGCAAGAGGAUCCAUGGAAUUGCUCACGGCCGCCACUAGGCGCGUUAACGAAGAGAAUACUAUUAGUAGUGUAUCAUAUAUACAUGUACAAAAUGAGAAGACGAGUUUGUAUAUGGACUCGAAUUUAUAUCGUAUAACUCGGUGGUGAUAUGGCUGGCUAAUCUGAUCAUAAUCUCAAGUUCACAUUAUAUAGGUACCUAGAAGGUGGCUGCCUACUUACCUACCUAGGUAUAGAGGUAGGAUGCUAUUCCCGUGC